GGGUUUGGGGCUUGUUGUGUUUUUGUUUCGUUCUUUAGUUAAAAACUAGCUUUCAAGCCCUCUUAGUCUACUUCCUCAGUCUUUGUCGAGGUGACUUUGGAAGUAUACAAUUUUAUCUGGAGUCCGGGGACAGUAGUUCUCCUCAGACUUGGCAGAUAUACUGAGGUGGGCUUGCUUACAGUUGGAAGAGCUGCAUCAAUACCGCGGGCCUAAGAUCUGACCUGAAACUGUGUCAUUAUAGGGUUUGGAGUCACAAAAUCUGGAAGCCAGACUGGCUACCUGCCCCUAAAUCCUUAAGGAUAAUGUCUGACUCUUAUUCAGUGGGAAGUCCGGUUACAUGCCUGCAUCAAACUACAGCCCCAGCUGUCUGAAAUUCCUCCCAUGGGAAUUCGAUUUGCAGUGGGUCUGGGAAAUCUGAACAACCUAUACAAUUUAACUCCCCUUAGCGGAAACACGAUGUUUUGAGCAUAAUUUAAUUUAAAUAUGGGCAAAGACAGGGAAGGCUGAAACUGGGGAGUGAAAGGGAAACUAAAGGUUUGUGCAGGAAAUGAAUGGUAGACUAGACUGCGCCAUUCUCAGGGAGUCCAAAGGGCUGUUUACAUGCAGUGCCCUACACCCCAAACAAAGCCACUUAGGGAAACAGCCAGCGUCAAGACUCAAACUACACACAGAAGACAGGAAUAGAAAGCGAGGCCCUAUAUUUCCCCACACCUCGUCCCAAUUCUGCACCAGCUGAGGCUCCGGGAUCACUCUCAGAAGCACUCUUCGAGGGAGACGCUAGCUCUCCAGGUUAAGAUGACGCCCUGGGCAAGCACCAGCCUGGUAGUGAAAGAGAUAAGCUUGACCUAGGGCAUUUACAAAACAAAUGGGUCCUUAAACCCUUUCGGUUCGAAAUAUUGCGCUACAUUCCCCAGCUCGUCCAUCAUCGCCGACCGUAAAUUCCAAAUUCUGCUUUCAUCCACCGGACACACACGCACACGCGCGCGCGCGCGCGCGCGCAAAGAUGGCGAAGAAUGCACUUCCGGCAAGUGUCCUUACGAAUGCAUCCGGGCGUCUGCAGCAGCUGUAUCGACAUGGAGAUCGGUCACCAGUGAAGACAUAUCCCAAGGACCCCUAUCAGGAAGAGAAAUGGCCCCAGGGUUUUGGUCAGCUAACCAAGGAGGGGAUGCUGCAGCACUGGGAGCUAGGCCAGGCUCUGAGGCAGCGCUACCAUGGCUUUCUGAACACCACUUACCACCGCCAAGAGGUUUAUGUGCGAAGCACUGACUUUGACCGUACUCUCAUGAGUGCUGAGGCCAACCUGGCUGGACUCUUCCCUCCCAGUGAAGUGCAACGUUUCAACCCUAACAUUUCAUGGCAGCCCAUCCCUGUCCACACUGUGCCCAUCACUGAAGACAGGUUGCUAAAGUUUCCAUUGGGUCCAUGUCCCCAUUAUGAGCAGCUGCAGAAUGAGACUCGGCAGACAUCAGAGUAUAAGAAUAUGAGUAUUCAGAAUGCACAAUUUCUGGACAUGGUGGCCAAUGAGACAGGGCUUACGAACCUGACCCUAGAGACCAUCUGGAAUGUGUAUGACACACUCUUUUGUGAGCAAACACAUGGGCUGCUCCUGCCGCCCUGGGCCUCACCCCAAACUGUGCAACGUCUGAGCCAGCUAAAGGACUUCAGCUUCCUCUUCCUCUUCGGGAUCCACGAGCAAGUACAGAAGGCCCGACUUCAGGGUGGAGUUCUGCUGGCUCAGAUACUGAAGAACCUGACACUAAUGGCAACCACCUCUCAAUUCCCUAAGCUUCUGGUUUACUCUGCGCAUGAUACUACCCUUGUUGCUUUGCAAAUGGCACUGAACGUCUACAAUGGGAGACAAGCUCCCUACGCUUCCUGCCACAUGUUUGAACUGUAUCAGGAAGAUGAUGGGAAUUUCUCAGUUGAGAUGUACUUUCGGAAUGACAGUAAGAAGGCACCCUGGCCUCUGAUCCUGCCUGGCUGCCCUCACCGUUGCCCACUGCAGGACUUCCUUCGUCUCACAGAGCCUGUCAUCCCCAAGGACUGGCAGAAAGAGUGCCAGCUCAUAAGUGACACUGCAGACACAGAGGUGAUUGUGGCCUUGGCUGUCUGUGGCUCCAUCCUCUUCCUUCUAAUAGUGUUGCUCCUCACUGUCCUCUUCCGGAUGCAGGCUCAGCCUCCUGGCUACCACCAUGUUGCAGACAGGGAAGACCAUGCUUGACAACCACUCAGUCCCCUUCCUCUGCUUCCUAGGGGAGGUGAGCUGAUCCCAGCACUUAGCCUCCCUGAUUACCUAAGCCCAGGUGAAUGAGUGAGGCUCUCCUGGGCUAUGACACCUGUGACUCACCAUCUACACGCCUGGUGUUUACCAUGUGCUGUGCUGGACACUGGCUGUGACACCUGUGACUCACCAUCUACACGCCUGGUGUUUACCAUGUGCUGUGCUGGACACUGGCUUUCUCCAGAUGGGAUCUGUCUCUCCUAUACUGCCUAAGGACCUGAGAUACAGACUAGCAUUCAGUUUCCGCUCAGGACCUGGGAUACAAAAACAAAACAAAACUGAAGCCGGUGCUUGACCUGCCUUGCUCUUCCACCAAGCCUUGUUCGUUGUCUUCUAGCCCACAUCUUUGGCAAAUGGCAUAGAGGACAUUGUCCCUUGGUACUUUUUUUAGAGGCAAAAACUGCAAAUCACUGGGAGUGUAAAAUGUGGCUAUUAAGGAACUGGGUCAUCCAACAGCAGAGUUUUCCUGUGGCUGUGGCUACUGUUAGUGUCAACUCUUGGCUUGAGCAGGGUCUCAGGCAGGUCUGAAAGAUGUGUGUACUGUACCUGGAUGAGUGGGAGGACACAGGCAGGAGAGACACAUCAUGAAGUGAGUCUCCCGCAGCUGGGCUGUGCUCUUCAGAGACUCUGAACUGGACUUGUUUGUUUAGGGCUGCAGGGACUUGGAAGAAAUGAAGGUCUGACUGAGUGCUGGCUCUGUGCCUUUCUUUUCUCCCCCAUUCUGACAUCCAAGGAGCACUCUUACAGGUUGUACUAGAUCUGCUCAGAAGCCCAGCUGCUUUUGGUUUUUUUAGUUGGUGUACAAAGGAUAUGCUUUUAUUGGCCGUGUAAAGACUGAACAUAAACUUUAAAAAAUUC